CGCCGCUUCCGCAUGGUUCGCAACUUCGCAUCGUUACCAGCUUCCCGCCGCCGUCUCGCCCUCCCCCUCCCCGCGCCGAUCAGCCCGUCGCCUCCCUUCCCUUCCCUUCGCGCGCGAUGACCGCCUGCGUAGAGACCGCCGCCGCUCCCCACCGUUUGGGCGCCGCGGCCGCGCCACGGACCCGCAAGAGGACGCGCGGCGUUGCCAUGGGCAGCACCGACGACUACGAGGAGAUCUGCCGCCUCGGCGAGGGGGCCUUCGGCGCCGUCGUCAAGGCGCGCCACCGCGCCACCGGCCGGGCCGUCGCCAUGAAGUACCUCGUCGAGCCCGGCGGCGGCCACGCCGCGCUGCUGCGGGAGGCGCGCUUCCUCGAGGCGUGCGCCGCGAACCCGUUCGUCGUCGGCUCCCGCGGCCUCGCCAGCGACCCGGCCACCGCGGAGCUCUGCCUGGUCAUGGACUGCGGCGGCGCGAGCCUCCGCGACGCCCUGCUGCGUCACAACAGUCUCCACGGGGGGCCGGGCCCGGGCCCGACGCCGCUGCCCGAGGCCACGGUGCGCGCCACCAUGCGGCAGCUGCUGACGGGCGCCAAGGGGAUGCACGACGCCCACAUCAUCCACCGCGACAUCAAGCCGGAGAACAUCCUCGUCGGCGACGACCGCGUCGUGAGGUUCUGCGACUUGGGGCUGGCCGUGGGCAUGGCCGAGCGGCCGCCGUACGAGCCGGCCGGCACGCUGUGGUACAUGGCGCCCGAGGUGCUGCUGCGCAAGCCCGACUACGACGCGCUCGUCGACACCUGGUCGCUCGGCUGCGUCAUGGCGGAGCUCAUCGGCGGGAGCGUCCUGUUCCAGGAGCUCGACUCGGAGGACCAGCUCUGCGCCAUCUUCGGCCUGCUCGGCAUGCCCAACGACGCGACGUGGCCGUGGUUCUCGUCCACGGCGUUCGGCGCCGAGAUCCCGGAGACGGAGAGGCAGCUGCGCAAGUGCAGCCUCCUACGCUGCAAGUUCCCCGAGUCGAAGCUGUCCCAGGAAGGAUUCGACGUCCUCAGUGGCCUCCUCACGUGCAACCCCGACAAGCGGCUGACGGCAGCUGCCGCGCUUAAGCGACCAUGGUUUCUCCAAGAUGGGCGAGCUGCAGCAGCUGCUGGCCAAGAAACAUGAGUUGUAUUAUUUGAACUGAAUUCGUUUCUGCUGUUUUUCCCAAUGAAUUUGAUUGGGCCAUGACGUGGACUGGUUCAUUCUUGUACUGAAGCAACAUGGCUUGUUGACGUAUCUCAAAUAUAUGUGGAUUUUAAUUGCUGCUGCCA